AUGUUGCAUCCCAUCACCUCCACCGGCGCAGCCGCUGCCCGCCGCACCCUCCUGACCACCAUGCCCUACCGCCUCCGCAGCACCUGCCCGCGCGGCACCCGCAUCGCCACCAUCCGCAAUGCAUCCAAGAAGACGGCAACAACCGCCCCCGCCAUGGCCAUGACGACGCCGACAAGCACCCGCCUCUUCCACCACUCGCGCACCCUCCUCGGCUCGACCAAAGAAGACCACAUGGACCGCGAGCGGCUGAACCCGUCGAGCACCGAGUACAGCAAGUCGGGCUCGGACGACGACGCGGCCAAGAUGGGCGACGCCGCGUUCAACCCGGACAAGACGUCGCCGGAGGCGGCGUUGGGAUCGGCGGAGCAGGAGAGCGGCGAGGUGAGGCAAGACCAGGAACAGUCGCAGCCGCAGUCAUCUUCUUCCUCUCAGGGAGCCAACCCAUUGGACGUCAGCCCCGGCAACCCCGGCGUCAGCGAGAGCAAGGACCCGCAGCAGGGCGGCCCCGACCGCAGCCCUUCCGAGUCGGGAGAAGCGAGCUCGAGGGCCAGGACGAGCAGCAGGGUCAGCCCGAAGAAGCACGGCGACGGCAAGACUGGUUGA